GGUGAACAGUGUCUGGUUUAUACAGCGUGUAAGAACCGGAAACAGGUCAAAAGACGGAAAAAAAAAGAAGAAGAAAGAAAACCCCUAAAACCCCUUUCUCAAACUUUCAAAAUCAAAACUCACACUGCUAAAACCCUCACUCUCUUUAAGAGGAAGCGAGGGUCAAGUCAAAUUCGAAAAUCAUCAAAGCUAAUUCAAAGAUGCAGGUUGUAAGAGGACGGAUAUUCUGCUCCAAGUACUCCGCUGCUCCUGCAACAUGGGUUGGUGUGCGGCGUGGAAGAUCAUUUGUUGCUUCUCUCCCUUCUCCUUCUGACUCUCCCAAGCGAAAAAGAGUCUCAAAGGAUGAACGUCGAGAUUUGAUCGAAUCUUUUGUUAACAGGUAUAAAUCAGUGAAUGCUGGGAAAUUCCCAUCUGUAACUGCAGCUCAAAAAGAAGUGGGUGGCUCUUAUUAUGUUGUUAGGAAGGUUCUUCAAGAGUUGGAAUAUAAAUCUAAAAUAUGCUCCUCAAACAGCAGUUAUGAAAAUUUAUCAGCAAAAGCUGCCAAUAAAGGGGAUAAAUCAUUUUCUAUAGUUGAAGUGGUCUCAACUGUAGUCCAAGAUGACACUUGUGCAAGAGCUAUGGAUGAUGUAAAGAUGCAUGACACAAAUGACAAGCAACUGGAGGCUGACAGAGGUAGUUGUCAUGAUUUUGUUUUGGAAGAAAAUAGUGUGCUGAAAGUUGAUGCUAAGGGCCUUGAGAAACAAGAAGAUGAUAAAGUAGGGGGUCUUGAGAUAGAUGAUUCUGACAAUUUUCUAAUAUUUCCGGACAAACAAAAAAUUGUCGAAGCUAUUGAUCAAGAUCUUGAAUCAGACAAGCUGUUUAAAACUGAAUCUCAAGGUGUUCAAUCUGAGUUUGUUGUAGUCAAAGAUGAUCUACCAAAAGAAGAAACUCAGAUUGGAAAUGAAGAGGGUGAUAAAAGGGAACAGGCUAUGUCAAAGGAGUCACUAGAUUCUGGGAGUCCAGAGCCCAAGGCUGAGCACCACCCAAAAAUCCUAGAAAAGGAAAAAUAUAAGCACCACCCAGAAUUCCUAGAAGAGGAAAAAUAUGCAAGGAACCCCUCUAGUGAGCAGACUGAAAAUGCAGAAGGUUCGAAGAAGUCAACUCUGUGGGGGAACCUUAAGUCAUUUGCUGGUGGUAUUAUUAAUAUAUGGAGAAAGCUGUGAAUCUUUGUUGGCAUCAGUGGGAGAAAUCUGUAAAUUUUAUGUUGGUGUCAUUCAAACAUUUUGUGAACUGAAUGGUUUUUUUGGGAAAAUAAUGGAAAUAUACAAGAUCAACCAUGGAUUAUUUAUUUA